AGCUGCCUGGACUCGCGCGCACUCACUGAGAUCCGAGGGAAAAACCGGAGGAUCCGGAGGAAAAUCCACGCAACCACGGGGAAAGAGAGACACGCAAACUCCAAAUUACAUCCGUAAUACAGCUGACGACUCUUCCUCUACCACUUUGCUGUGCAGAAUUGGUCUGAUGCAGCAAAGGCACUCAGCUCAGCUCGGUCCACAAAGUCAACAAUGCGACCAGUAUGCAAACAGCACGGAUCGUACUGGAAAUUUGACACAUCACCAGAUAACUCAUACAGGAGAGAAACCAUUCAAGUGCACUGUGUGUGAGAAGACAUUUGCACGGUCAUCAAUUCUUCAGAGCCACCAGAGAACACACACAGGAGAGAAACCCUUCAGGUGCACUCUGUGCAGGAAGGCAUUUGCAGAGUCAUCACAUCUUAAAAUACACCAGAGAACACACACGGGAGAGAAACCCUUCAAGUGCAGUGUGUGUGGGAAGGCAUUUUCAGAUUCAUCACAUCUUAAAAGACACCAGAGAACACACACAGGAGAGAAACCCUUCAGGUGCACCCUGUGCGGAAAGGCGUUUACAACGUCAUCACAUCUUAAAAUACACCAGAGAACACACACAGGAGAGAAAUCUUUCAAGUGCACUGUUUGUGAGAAGGCAUUUGCAUGGUCAUCAGUUCUUCAGAUCCACCAGAGAACACACACGGGAGAGAAACCCUUUCGGUGCACUCUGUGCGGGAAGGCGUUUGCACAGUCAACACAUCUUAAAAGGCACCAGAUGACACACAGGCAUCAGAAGAUCUCCAAGGAGUGGAGUCUGACAUCGACUUGUGAAAGUCAAAGUCCUGCAAUGAGCACAUCCCUCAUAAAACAAGAACCAGAAGAAAAUCACAGCUUGGACACUUUAAAAGGUAUCAAGGUGAAAUAUGAAGAUGCGAAGGUGAAAUGUGAAGAAGUGACGGUGAAGAGCGAAGAAGUGAAGGUAAAAUGUGAAGAUGAAGAUUCAACUCCGAAAUCAGACCUUCACAUCGAUGAGGGCAACGUGAAACAGGAGAAGAAUUCUUACUCUGAUGCAGAGCGAAGCAACUCCCAGCAGUUUGUGGAAGUGGAGGUGUGGGUGGACUUCUUAGACAAUACAACGUUAAAUGGAGACCCGAUAGAUGUGUAAGCUUGAGACAAUGAAGCCCCAAUAGAUUCACCUUUUGUCACGUGCCUUUAAUGCAAGAAUGUGAAGUUGAACACUCAAUUCCGAGGUUCAGCCUGCAGAGUAAGAGCGGCCAGUAUUUAUGGACCUGUGGGUUGUGUAGAUCUCUAACCAGGAGUGAGAGCCAAUGAGCUCCCAAGCAUUCACUAUGUGAUAAAUGCAUUUAUAUGGUGCUUACUUAAUUGCCUCAGCGACUCGGAGUUUUGUAUCAUAUCUCAUCACAAAUACUCGAAGAGCACCCCGUGGUAGCUGCCCCCGUGUGGCAACAGGUGGCCCUGCACCAGCCUUGCAUGUGGGAAUGAGUUUGUGAGUAGGGGGCGAUAAUUGGUGUGUAAUCUCCGUCAUGUAAUUUCUGAAUAAUAUUUGCAAUGACUUAAGCAUUUUAAAUGAAACAAUAGUAUGUUUUACAGCCACUGGAGUAGCCAGGUGUGCCUGUCGGAUUUUAACCUUGAAAUCUCUGAAAUAAAUAGAGAAUGCGC